AUGGAUGGACCCGUUUUCGUAAUUGAAGCAUCCGAAGCUGAAUCCAUGGCAAAACAAUCAGGCCUCACUGUCCUCCAGCUCCUCCCUACCCUAGUCAGAUCAGCCCAGACCUUGGCUCGCUCGCCGAUCUCCAACUACCACGUGGGCGCCGUCGGUCUCGGAUCCUCCGGCCGCAUCUUCUUGGGUGGCAACCUCGAAUUCCCUGGCCUCCCUCUCCACCAGUCUGUCCACGCCGAGCAAUUCCUCAUCACCAAUCUCACUCUCAAUGCGGAACCCUCCCUCAAAUACAUUGCUGUCUCCGCCGCCCCUUGUGGCCACUGCCGUCAAUUCUUGCAGGAAAUCCGCCACGCCCCUGAUAUACAAAUCCUCAUCACGGGUGACAGUAAUAACAACCCGAGUUACAAGAAUGAUUUAGCAAAUAAACAACAAUUUGAGCCCUUGUCGUGUCUUCUACCGCACAGGUUCGGACCUGAUGAUCUUUUGGACAAGGAUGUUCCCUUGCUUUUGGAAACCCAUCAUAAUAACCUGUCCUUUCUAGGUGAUGCUAACUUACCAAAUGGUAUUAGUGCUUCCUUUGAUGAUCUGAAAAAUGAGGCUUUAGAGGCGGCCAAUAAGUCUCAUGCUCCCUAUACUAAUUGUCCAUCAGGGGUGGCCUUGAUGGAUUGUGAAGGGAAGGUGUAUAGAGGGUCGUAUAUGGAGUCUGCCGCCCAUAAUCCGAGCAUAGGCCCGGUGCAGGCGGCUUUGGUGGCAUAUGUGAUGGCAGGUAGGGGUUUUGGGUAUGAAAGGAUUGCUGCUGCUGUGUUGGUGGAGAAACAAGGGGCCAAGGCGAGACAGGAGCAGUCGGCGAGAUUGCUUUUGAAGGAGAUUUCACCCAAGUGUGAGUUUAAGGUGCUUCAUUGUGCUUCCAGUUCCACUUUCAAUGGUUGUAAUCAGAAUUCUUGUUGA